AUGUCAACUGAGCGGCUUGACUGUCAUUACUGCAAGGAGUCCUUGCUGGGGAAGAAGUACGUACUGAAGGAGGACACUCAGUAUUGUACCAAGUGCUACGAGAACCUGUUCUCCAACUGCUGUGAGGAGUGCUCCACACCCAUUGGGUGCAACUCUAAAGACUUGUCCUACAAGGACCGCCACUGGCACGAGCAAUGCUUCAAGUGCGGCUCUUGCAGCCGCUCGCUGGCUGAAAAGCCAUUUGCCGUGAAGGACGAGCUGCUUCUCUGCACCGAGUGCUACUCCAACCAGUACUCCUCCAAGUGCUUCAGCUGCAAGAAGACCAUCAUGCCCGGUUCACGCAAAAUGGAGCACAAGGGCAACAGCUGGCAUGAGACGUGCUUCCUGUGCCAUCGCUGUCAGCAGCCGAUAGGGACCAAGUCCUUCAUCCCGAAAGACAACAGCUACUUCUGCGUGCCAUGCUUCGAAAAGCAGUUUGCCUACCAGUGCUGUGCCUGCAAAAAGGCUAUAACUACCGGUGGAGUAACCUACCAGGACAAGCCGUGGCAUCGCGAGUGUUUCCUGUGCAUUGGGUGUAGGAAGCAACUAGCGGGGCAGCGCUUCACCUCCAGGGACAACUACCCCUACUGCUUGGACUGCUUCAGCAACCUCUACGCCAAGAAGUGUGUGGGCUGCACAAAGCCCAUCACCAGCCUGGCAGGUGCGAAGUACAUCUCGUUCGAGGAGCGCCAGUGGCACAGCGAGUGCUUCUCCUGCAUGCAGUGCUCCGUCUCGCUGGUCGGCCGCGGCUUCCUCACUCACCGCGAUGACGUCCUCUGCACAGACUGCGGGCGAGACAAGUGAAACACGCCUGCUAGGGUCAAGUUCAGGCCAGCUUCCCGUAGGAAGCAAA